CAUAAUGCAUAGCGCUGGAAACACCUCACCAAACAGCCAGUCCACAUCAGAUCGCAGUGAGAUGUUCUCAAAAAUGCUAGCCAGCGGUAUGUGGGACGCUCGUCUUCUCUAAUAGAGGAAUAAACCUUACUUUCAAACAUUACCUGCGAACUGGUCAGAUAUCACUGACAGUUGUGGAUGACCAUGACCAUGACAUUGCUUGGGUUUCUCUUAAAUAUCAGUCGGCCCAAGGAUGCCAUUUGAAAUUUGAAGAGGACAAUGAAUCUACACCAAGUGCUCACUGGGGCCGUCAACCCCGGGGACAACUGUUUCUCUGUGGGGAGCAUAAACAACGUACCGUUCACGGCCUAUGCCUCUGGCUGCGACAUUGUGAUCUUGGGGAGUGACUUUGAGCGGCUCCAGAUCAUCCCAGGUGCCAAACAUGGUAACAUCCAAGUGGGGUGUGUGGACUGCUCUCAGCAAGGCGGACAAAUUGCUGCAUCCUAUGGAAACAUUGUUUGCAUAUUUGAGCCUGUACAGAUCAGUCCGAAGGAAAAAAGACAACAGAAGCUGAACUACCACUGGCAGAAAACUGGCCAGUUCAUUUUGCAGUCUAUAGCGCACAACCUUGCCUGGAGACCCACAGGUGGCAGUCUCCUGACUGGGUCAAAUUGCUUACAGUUAUGGUCCAAUGUAAAUUUCUCUUGUGGUGCUAACGGGGAGACCAGUACCAUCCCUCCGUGUUCUUGGAGGUGUAUAUGGCAGAGCAAGUCUGCUUCACCCAUUCACUUAAUGAAGUUUUCUCCAGGUGGAGAAUUUUUUGCCACUGCGGGGCAGGAUGACUGUUUGGUAAAAGUGUGGUACAACACAAGCAAGUGGCAGACAGACGCUAUGAAGCUUUUCACGCCCCCUGAGCUCAGCUCUCAAGGGGAGAUUGACUUCUCCUUCAUCUACUUGACCCACCCUCGUGCCGUCACUGGAUUUUCAUGGAGGAAAACCAGCAAGUACAUGCCCAGAGGUGCUGUCUGUAACGUGUUACUGACCUGCUGCAAGGACAGCGUGUGCCGGCUAUGGGCAGAGACGCUGCUGCCUAGCGACUGUCUGCUGUCUGGACUAAGACACAAUCACAGCAGCAGCAGUAGCAGCAGCAGCGGAAACAGCAGUGAUGCACUGAAGUCAAACAACACAAAGCAAGCCUAUAGUAAUAACAAAGGUCAAAGUGGGGCGUCUCUGGAGCUAAACCUGAACGAAUCGUGGCGAGGACCGGUCAGGUGCACAGCCCAGCCGGCACACACAGGGCUGCUACCUCAUCAGCAGAACAAACAUUACACCCACAGGGCCAGCAUUCCUCAUGCCAAUGCUCUGUGCCACUUCCACAUCGCUGCAAGCAUCAACCCGGCCACAGAUAUCCCGCUGCUGCCCUCCAUCUCGUCACUGAGUGGUUCAGACGAGGAGGAGCCCGGUGGACCUUUUACUGUUCACUGGCUCAACAACAAAGAGCUCCAUCUCACUCUCACCAUGGAGGUUUUCCUUCAGCAGCUUAGAAGCAGCAUGGAGCAGCAGAACCAUUCACAGGCCAACCAGGCUGAUGAUGAGUUUGAUGAAGAGGGCAAUGCUGUGAACCCUGAAGGCAGAAAAGGAGAAAUGAACAUGGAUGCAGGCUCCAUUCCUCUUCCCGCAGCUGCAGUGGAGCACCAGGUGGAUGUGUUACUGGGUGACUGGAACAGGGGAGCGGACAUGCUCUUCAGCAUCCACCCUAUGGACGGCUCUCUGCUGGUGUGGCAUGUGGACUGGCUGGAUGAAUACCAGCCAGGAAUGUUUCGUCAGGCACAGGUGUCUUUUGUUUCCCGAAUACCCGUUGCCUUCCCCACUGGUGACGCCAACUCACUCAGCCGCAGUGUGGUGAUGUACGCCUGCAACAAAAACGUGGACCUGGCCAUCCAGCAUGGACGACAGCGCCCCCCAGGCCUACCCCGGUCAUCUUCCGUUCUGAUUGGCUUAGGCCAAAGCAAGCCCAGCUCCAACAGUCUGCGCUUAAGCAUCUUCACGCCUAAUGUUCUGAUGAUCUCCAAGCAUGCUGACGGCUCCCUCAACCAGUGGGCGGUCAGCUUUGCUGAGGGCUCGGCCUUCUCCACCGUGCUCAGCGUCUCGCACAAGUCCCGCUACUGUGGCCACCGCUUCCACCUUAACGAAUUGGCCUGCCACUCCCUGUUGCCCCUGCUGCUCACCACAUCUCACCACAAUGCCCUGCGCACUCCCCAGGCAGAGAACAUACUAACCCAGUCCCUGCCUAGCCCUGUCUCCUCAGGACGGAAAAGCCGCUCAUCUCUGGGUGCUGUGACUCAAGAUCCGAACGCCAUUUACAGUGAGCUGAUUCUGUGGCGUGUGGACCCCGUUGGUCCACUCUCGUUUUCAGGGGGCGUCUCCGAGCUGGCCAGGAUCAACUCGCUCCAUGCAUCAGCUUUCUCCAAUGUGGCCUGGCUGCCCACCCUCAUCCCUAGCAACUGUCUGGGGGUGUAUGGCAACUCGCCAAGUGCCUGCUUUGUAGCAAGCGAUGGCCACUCCCUGCGAUUGUAUCAGGCAGUAAUUGAAGCCAAGAAGCUGCUGAGUGAACUUUCAAAUCCUGAAAUUUCGAAAUGUGUCGGGGAAGUGUUCAACAUCAUAAGUCAGCAAUCUACGGCGAGACCAGGCUGCAUCAUUGAGUUGGAUGCCAUUACAGACUUUCAGGGGAAGGAGAUCCAGCUGCUGCAUGUGUUCGAGGAGGACCUGAUCUUGGGAAACGAGAAAAAAGAGGGUUGCUCACAAGAGUCCCUGCCUGACGAGACUGCCUCCAGCCCACCAGUUUUUACUGCACGCUUCUUUCUGGUGGUGAUCGAGUUUACCCAGACCAGAAGAUCACUCUUGCAUAUGUGGCAUCUGCAACUGGCAGCGGUUCCUGUUGCUAUUGAAGAGACUUCAACCCCUGUAGAUAAGGACACUGUGGCUUCACCGCUCAACAGCUUCAACUUUGAGACUUUCAGCUCCCCAUCAUCCCAGAGAUCUAAGCUGAGCAGAACCAACCUACAAAGCGCAUGUCGACUGACUCUGACGAAUGAGAGGGUUUACAGUGAAGAGCUGAGCCUUCCAGAAGGAGUUGAAGUCCUGCGUGUAACUCCUGCAGCAGGCCACUUGAGUUCAUCAUCCUUGCAGCCAGCUGGACGGGCGCCGUAUCUUCUUGCCACAUCCUGCUCAGAUGGGACUGUGAGGUUCUUGAGUUGCAGCACAGCCUCCGAUAGUGAAACUGCUGAUGAUACUGCGUCUAUCUACAUCUGGGAAGAGUGGCCUUUGCUGGUGGAAGAAGGCCUGGCCAAUAGCAGCGCGGUGAGCAUUCCUGGCUGGCCGGUGGAUGUCAGCUGCUGCCACACUAGCCGAGUGGCCGUUGCCUACAAGGACUUGAAACCUCAGGGACUUGGUAUGGAGCCUCCUAUUCAUGUGAGUGUGUUCCAGUGUGAGUCUACUGGAGGGUCCCAGUGGAUGCUGGAGCAGACACUUAAACUAGAUGGGUUGAGUAGUCUACCUAAAAACGGCUCUGAUGAUAAACACUUGAUUGUGCCGAGUCUUCAGGAUGAUUUGGUGGAUGCUGGGGAGUGUUUGGGUAGCAGUUGUAAAACUCUGGUUCAUCUGGACUGGGUUUCUAGAGAGGAUGGUUCUCACAUAUUGACAGUAGGUCUUGGAUCUAAACUGUACAUGUAUGGAACACUCUUGGGAAAACCUCCAGAAUUGGGCCUGUCAGACAGCAGCAGGGAACGCUGCUCUUCUCGGCUUGUUCUCUUGCGGGUUGUGGACCUGGUGUCUUCAGUAGAGGGCUCCUUGCCCAUCCCGGUCUCUCUUUCCUGGGUUAGAGACGGUAUCUUGGUAGUGGGCAUGGACUGUGAGAUGCACGUUUACUCGCAGUGGCAACCGCCCACCCCACCCAAAUCGGCACUCGCCACGUGCGAUACAGUGGUUGGAAGUGUGAGUUCACUUAUUGCAGCAGUGAAGCAAGAAGGUUUAAAUCUUCAGCCUCCAAAGAAAUCUCUUACCAGGUCUAUGACCAGUCUGGCACAGAAGCUAAGCGGCAAAAGGACAAUGUAUGACCUUCCAGUUGAGAUGGAGGACUAUGGCUUAUUCGAGGCAGCCCACCACCUGUUCCCCACCCUUCCUCAAUAUCACCCGGUUCAACUCUUUGAACUGAUGGACCUCGGAAAGGUGCGACGGGCCAAGGCAAUCCUCUCCCAUCUGGUCAAGUGCAUAGCUGGAGAGAUCGUGGCUCUGAAAGACACUGCCAUCAAUCAGGAGCGGCGUUUACGAUCCCUCACCAUCAGCGCGAGUGGCAGCACUGCCAGAGAUCCGAGAAUGUUUAACAAGGCCGAGAACCCAGACUACACAGAGAUCGACUCCAUCCCACCACUACCUCUUUAUGCUCUGCUGGCUGCUGAUGAAGACACGACGCCCAAAGCCAAAGAGAAAGCAAGUAGCGUGAGUGGGGACAGCGGCCAUGGCUCCAGUCGGACAGACACCUACGACGAGCUUUUCCAGGCCAAUGCCGUAAGCCUGGAUGAUGUGGAUCCUUUAGACGGUGAUGAUGAGGAUUCUAACGCCAAAGUCAUCGAUCUUUCUCAAUAUAGUCCAACUUUCUUCGGCCCAGAGCACGCCCAAGUUCUGUCCAGCCACCUGCUUCACUCCAGCCUGCCAGGCCUGACACGCAUGGAGCAGAUGUCUCUCAUGGCCUUGGCUGACACCAUCGCAUCAACCAGCACAGAUAUCGGGGAGAGUCAAGGGAAGAGUCAAGGUGGAGAGACACUGGAUGAAUGCGGUUUGAAGUUCUUGCUGGCUGUUCGUUUGCAUACCUUCCUGCUGACCUCAUUGCCUCCAGCACAUCGUGGACAGCUUCUGUGUCAAGGAUUGUCCACUUGUCACUACGCCUGGGCGUUUCACUCCGAGGCUGAGGAGGAGCUGCUCAACAUGCUUCCUGCCAUGCAGAAAGGAGAUCCCACCUGGCCUGAGCUUAGAGCUAUGGGUGUGGGCUGGUGGCUGAGGAGCACCAAUAAGCUUCGCAGAUGCAUUGAAAAGGUAGCGAAAGCGUCUUUUCAGAGAAACAAUGAUCCACUGGAUGCAGCCCUGUUCUAUUUAGCUAUGAAGAAGAAAGCUGUGGUUUGGGGAUUAUACAGGUCCCAUAAGAAUGUGAAGAUGACAGCCUUCUUCAGUAACAACUUUAAUGAGGACCGAUGGAGGAAGGCUGCCUUGAAGAAUGCCUUCUCUCUCCUUGGAAAGCAGCGGUUUCAGCACUCGGCAGCCUUCUUUCUGCUGGCAGGCUCCCUCAAGGAUGCUGUAGAGGUUUGUUUGGAGAAAAUGCAGGACCUGCAGUUGGCUUUGGUUAUUAGCAGAUUAUAUGAGUCAGAGUUUGAGACAUCCUCCACCUAUAAAAAGAUCCUCCAGAGGCACGUGCUGGGUCAAGACCACCAAAUCCCAAUGCACCAGGAUCCGUUUCUACGUAGCAUGGCACACUGGGUCCUGGAUGAUUACAGUAGAGCCUUGGAUACAUUGCUUGAACAACCCAAGCCAAAUGUCAAUGCUUCAAACCAAGAAAAAUCGGCCAUGUCCCCUUGCAAUCCAGAGGUUUUCAAUUUCUACACCUACCUCAGGACUCACCCGCUGCUGCUUCGCCGCCAUUUUGGCUCCUCAGAAAAAGCUAAGGUGGGACUGACGGCAGAGGGCCGCAUGGCUGACUCUAUAAGCCUCAUAGAGAGAAGACUGUUCUUCACUGCCGCUAAUGCUCACUUACAAGCGGGCUGCCCCAUGCUCGCUUUAGAAGUCCUCUCCAAAAUGCCCAAGGUUGUUAAGAAAUCUAAGCUGCUGCUCAACCAAGAAAAGCCCUCACUUUCUUCUACUGGCUCUGGCAACCCAGCUGGAGAGAAGGGGAAAGACCAGGCUUCUGCUUUGGACUGGUCCCAACCUACGAUUAAUGGCUUUGAGUCCAUUUCGGACACCCUGUCCUCCCCCAGAGAGGACCACAGCCAGUCCGACUCUCUGCUGAGCUUUGACUGGAGCCAGCCGUCCGUGACUUUACAGGACGAACCGCUGGAGCUGAAGUGGGACAGCGACAAAGAAGACUCAGAAGAUGAAGAAGCUGGACUGGCGAUGAAGAACAUCAAACCGGAAGACACCACUGUCAUUCAUGAGAGCGCUGACUCCGCCUCUGUUUCCACGGAUGUGACGGACAGCUCUCUCCUUCUCUCUGAAGACAUCUUGGUCGCCCGGCUAAAGUUCAGCUCCUGCCUGAAGGUCCUCACAGCUGAGCUGCGAACUCUCUCCACAGGUUACGAGCUGGACGGGGGCAAGCUGCGCCAUCAGCUGUGCCACUGGCUGGAGCGGGAGGUGGUGGCCCUCCAGAGUUGUUGUGGCUACAACCCCUACCUCCAGCAGUUGGCCGAGGGCAUCUCGGCCGACCUCAGCCAGGUCAGAGUUGGAGAUGAGCAAGAGACCCAAGGGGCAGCUGAGGAGGCCAGGGUAGUGCAGCGCAGACGCAGACUCUGGCUGCAGAGGAACCAGCCUCUACUGCGCAUCUUUCUCAGCUACUGCAGCCUGCACGGCUCUCACGGGGGAGGGCUGGCCUCCGUCAGGAUGGAGCUCAUUCUGCUGCUGCAGGAGUCCCAGCAGGAUGAGAGUUCCCAGAUUCCCAUACAGCAGCAAGCUUCAGUUCCUCUGCUGCUGGCCUGCACCGCCAGCUCUAAAACAGUGGUGGCCAAUCCCAUAGUUCACCUGACCAACCUGACGCAUGACGUACUGCACACCAUCAAUUCCCUAGACUCGCCUCCCAACCCAGAUGUCAUUAAUAAUGAGAUCUACGUGAUGCACACGCUGGCAGCCUCCCUGUCCGCCUGCAUCUAUCAGUGCCUCUGCGACGGCCACAAUUACAGUCAUAUCAACCAGUUCACAGGAACUGUGUACCAGAGCAUUCUUCUUUCCCAUCAGCACCCAGUGCGAACCCUCAGCAUGGACGAGGCUGUCCUUCCCAACACGUCUCCAGCACAGUGGCCUGGUAUCAGUGCUUUGGUCCGCCUCCUGAGCGCAGCAGGGGAGGAGAACCAGCCCAGUCUGGGGGUGCUGCUUUGUGAGAUCCUCACUGCCGUCUACCUCAGCCUGUUCGUGCAUGGCCUGGCCACCCACUCCAGCAACGAGCUCUUCCGCAUUGUGGCCCACCCCCUCAACAGCAAGCUGUGGGUGGCUGUGUUUGGUGGGGGGGCUCGAAUUCCCGCAGUGGAGAAGUCCAGCCCGCCUCCAGCCGUGGCAGAGGACCAAGAGCGGAAGCAGAGGCGCUUUAGGCUUCGUUCUUCCAGAAGCAGCUCCAGGGAGGUGCCAGACGGCCCUGCCAGCCCCGGCCCCAGCCCCAUAGUAGAGCAGGAAGCGUCCAUCUUUAAAGAACGCUUUGUGCCCCCAGAGCUCAGCAUCUGGGACUACUUCAUUGCAAAGCCCUUCCUGCCACCAUCCACCAGCCGUGUUGAGUAUGAUUCAGAGGAAAGCCAGGGAAGUGAGGACGAAGAAGAGGAGGAUGAAGACAAGUUUGCGGAUGCUUUUGACACCAAUUCUCCCCUGCAAGAACAUUCCAACAGCAACUCGUACAGUUGGUGUCUGAUGCGUUUGGCCAUGGUGCAGUUGGUAUUGGUGAACUUGAAGUCGUUCUAUCCAAUGGCUGGCCAUGACCUCAUGGAUCUGCCUGUGUGUUCACCACUGUGCCACUCGGUACUGAAGACCCUGCAGCGCUGGGAGCAGGUGUUGCUGAAGAGACUGGAGAUUUUUGGAGGUCCUCCAUCGAAGUACAUCUCUACACAACCUAUGGAUGAGACCAUCGCGUCCGGGCCAGCUCUCCUCCGACACAAGGCCUUAUUUGAGCCCUCUAACACGCCUUUCAGGUCCCGACAUCAUUCGGCUCUUCCUGUAAAGAGACUGUGGCAAUACCUGGUCAAGCAGGAGGAGGUGCAGGAGACUUUUAUCCGCAACAUUUUCACCAAAAAGCGAGAUCAGAACGAGUCGGUUGAGGACUACACUGACAGUAUGAAAUAUUCAGGGAAGGAGGAGCCGAGCCUCAAUCAGAUUGAGGCAGAUCUGGGUUACCCUGGAGGAAAAGCGCGCAUCGUCCACAAGGAAUCUGACAUCAUCACGGCUUUUGCCAUCAACAAGGCUAAUCGCAACUGCUUAGUAAUCGCUUCCACCCACGACAUCCAGGAGCUGGAUGUGUCCUCCAUCCUCGCCACUCAGAUACUGACGUGGAUCGAUGACGAGCCAGAGACAGAAGUGAAAGGAGGCGAUGAAUUCUUGGUGGUCCAAGCCCGGGAUGACUUCAGCACUUUGCACGGGACAACACCCUACACUCACAGCAGCCCUGGAACUCCCAUUAACAUGCCCUGGUUGGGCAGCCUCCAGACAGGCAGAGGAGCUGCCAUGCUAAUCAAGCGGAACAUUAACAACGUGAGGAGGAUGACGUCCCACCCUACCCUUCCGUACUACCUAACCGGAGCGCAGGACGGCAGCGUGAGGAUGUUCGAGUGGGGCCACUCGCAGCAGAUCAUCUGCUUCAGGAGCCCCGGCAACUCCAGGGUCACAAGGAUUAGGUUUAACUAUCAAGGAAAUAAGUUUGGUAUUGUUGAUGCAGAUGGAGCACUCAGUCUCUGGCAGACGAACACUUCGGGGAACACACAGAAACCAUACCUGACUUUGCAGUGCCAUAAUAAAACAGCUCACGACUUUGUGUUUGUGGGUUCCUCUUCCCUCAUUGCCACUGCUGGCAUCUCCACUGACAACAGAAAUGUGUGUUUGUGGGAUACACUGGUGCCUCCAACCAGCAGCUUGGUUCACGGCUUCAGCUGCCAUGAGUCCGGCGCCACUGUGCUGGCUCUAGCUUCCAAGCAGCAGCUCCUGAUCAGCGGCGGGAGGAAGGGCUGGAUCAGUGUGCUGGAUCUCACCCAAAAGCUCCAGCGCCAGAGCUUCCAGGCCCACGACUCGCCCGUCAAAGCCCUGGCUGUGGACUCCACCGAAGGCUGCUUUAUCAGCGGCUCAUCCGAAGGCAACAUAAAGGUAUGGAGCAUGUCCACCCAGUCCCUGUUGCACACUUUCCCGAACGAGCACGCCCGGCAGUCUCUCUUCCGGAACCUCGGCACGGGCGUCAUGCAGAUCGAGACGGCGCCGGGCAAUCACAUCUUCUCCUGCGGGGCUGACGGAACCAUGAAGAUGCGGGUUCUCCCAGACUGUUUGAGCGCGUACAGCAACAAUGUGAAGAACGACGUCAAGUUCAUCAUGUAGCACAUUCAUUCAUUCAUUCAUUCAUUCAUUCUCAAGCUUGGAGCCAACUUUUGCACAUGGUAAGAUGAGCAAUAUGAAGCACUGGCAUGAAGGGGUUGGGAUUUGAAGACAUAGCAAGCUCAACUCUUGGAACACUGAGCGGUCAUUGUCUUGGAAAUCUCAACGACUGAGUAAUACAGGAACUGAAUUAUUGUUGAUGAACUUUACAAAAAAAAAAAAGAAGAAGAAAAAAACCCUUCUGUAUCCGCUGAACCUGGAUCAAAGCUAGAAUCCUUAUAUUUAAGCACAGUAUAGAAAACAUUCCCCUUCUUCCCCGUUUUUAAAUAUAUUAAAAACGUAAAAAUCACACUCAAACAUAUAUAACAGAAGUAAGCCUUAAAUAAUCACUAUUGCUAAGCAGUGUUGUGAUUGUGGUCUAGACUAAAUUAUUAUUAUUAAUAGUGAUAAGUGUCCUUAUAUUUAUACCUAAAACACAUCAGACUUGAACCUCAGAAGUGACAUCAGAUCAUAGACUUACUUAAUGGUUCAAGUGAGGUUUGUGAACUCGUUCUCUCGUUUUCUGUGGCUUAAAACUUUGUGGCCCUCCUUCCAUUUAACUUAAGCGUGCUAGUUUCUACUUGUAUCCCUUACAGUGGUAUGAGCAAGGUAUUGUGUAUUACUAAGAUAAACAGUAUUUAGAUAGCUGUGGCCUCAGUGCCACUGCACUUUCUGAGCUUGUGUGCAGUCAUUAUGUAUUUCAACAUAGGCAAUCAUAUGUUUUGAGGAUUAUAAGUCUUUUCUUGAAGAAAAAAUAUAUAAAGACAUAAUGAUUAUACACUCUAUUUGUAGGCAGCAUUAUCUGAGGUGCAGCAUUUUCUAAUCCUGAUCCUGCGGUGGCCGAGUACUGCACAUUUUCUGUUUUUACACUGCUUCAAAAUGCUUAUUUUUACCUACAGAUGAAGGGCUUUUGGAACAACUAGUGAGUUUAUAUAGGGUGCUCCUAUACCUCUACGUUCAGGAUCUUCAGCAAUUAAAAUAGCUGGCAUACAAGGUAUCAAAAAAAACGAGGGUCGCGACCAAAGGACCAAAAUUUGGUCACUGAUAACACUACAUGUCGCUACUUCACGACAUAUGUGUCUACUGUAACUGUAGAGUAACCCUUACUUGUAAAAAGAAAUAAAAUAAAUCUGAAGCUAUUCUGUUACACGCAUUCUUCUGCAUGAUGCACAUGCACACAAAGAGGAGUCUAAUUCUGGCAGGGGGACAGAAUUCUACACAACACCUGGACAGGCUUCUCAAUCGAUGCUUCAAUACUGUGUAUUGAACACGAAACAAAGUUUGGUCUGAAACCAAAACAGCAGGUGCGAAAGGUUAGAAUAAAUUUUUUGGUUGAUUUAGACUUUCUGACCAAUUCUAAAAAGCUGAGGCAGGCUGUCGUCACUCAUUAAACAAUAGAAGAAGAAAAAGAACCUAUGUUGUGCCGAAAUUCUUAUCACAUAAGCGCAUGUGCCCAUCAUAUUCCAUUGGUGAUUCCUGUAUCUACUGUUACUGUGGAUUAAUCCUUAUUUAUAAACAGAAAUGAAAGGAAUCUCAGGUUGUCUGUUGCACUCAUUCUGCUGUACGAAGCACGUGCACUCGAAAGGAAUUAAAUUCUGUCAGGGAGGCAGAAUUCAGCUCAACACCUGGAAAAUGUAAAGUACAGAGAGGUGCAGCCCACGUAGUUCAUGAGGAGCUCCCUAGUAAGUCCACUAAACUGCAGUGUGAAUGCAAAACAAACUGGACCAAAUGUACAGUAAACAUUUUAACAAGAAUAUGAACCUUGGUUCAGGCUUUGGUCCAGAUUUUCAGGUGUGAAAACACACCCUGACGUGUGCAGUGCAGAGGUGCCCAAGGACCAGGAUUGAUAAACACUGCUCUAUAAUAAGAAGGUUAACGUUCUCAAAGCACUUUGUUUCAGUAGAGAUAAGCCACAGAAAUAUAGAUAUAUAUAUAUUUUUUUUCUGCGUGCUAAACUGGAAACCAUUGGAAAUCAUUCCAUUAUAAUAAUAAUAAAAAAGAAGCCUCCAGUGACUAUAUUUUGCAGAUUUUGAUCUUGGGUGAUGAAUAACUGUCUCUAGACUUGUUUGUGUGAAGGAGGUUCUUCAGUGUCAGUUGUAGAGAGCCACAGCACAGUACAGAUCAUUUUCUCUGUAUCAGUUUCUCAGUAGUUAUUAAGCCCAUUCAUGAGUUUGAUCAGGUGAGUUUGCUUAGAGAGAAUGUGAUGCUGCAUUCAAUCUACUUCUGGAUUUGGAUGUCGAAGCUAGGCAUGAUGUAAUACCUGAAAUUGACGGAAGUUCAGUUAAAUAGUUAAAACAGCAGUUCCAAUAAUAACCAUAUAAUGACAAUCAAUUAUGCUUCGUUAAAAAAAAAAAAAAUUGGACAAUUCUGCUCACGUUAAAAAUGGUUUAGACUUUUAUUUCUUUAUUCAUAAAGGAACUACAAAUAACAUGGUAAACCAAACGGGAGAAAUGCCUGAUAUAUAGUUAUUUGUUGUCGGGCUGCAACUAACGAUUAUCUUGGUGUUUCACUAUUCUGCCAAUUAUUUCUCCAAUUAGUCAACGAUUAUUUCUCCCAUUCCCUCCAUAUUUGCUUGCUGUGGGUACGGCUCCUGUUUCUAUCUGAUAGAAACAACUUAAUAUGAGAUUUAAGUGCCGUAGAAAGGUCCAGAACAUUUAAAUGCCAUUUAAAUGUGUAAAGUGCUGCUAUUUAGUGAGGAAAUGUGUAAUCUGUUGUGUUUCUGUCCACAGUAAUUUGUGUAGUGCUAAAACGUUUAGUUGACAAUGAACAUUUGGAUUAGAAACAUUUUUAUAAUUGAUAUUGUUGAUUAUAUCGACUAAUCGUUGCAGCCCUAAUUUGUUGAAUUGGCUUAAUUUGUAGCCAGUGUUUUAUGGUGAAUCCGGACAAAAUAUGACCCUGGUUAGCAAAUUGCCAAUAACAGCUAAUCAGCUGCAUUAUACGAUAUUUUUCACAGCCGAACACCAUGCCUUUAUGUCCACAGAUGACUGAUUUAACGAGGCAGAAAUAGAUAAUAGUCUGUAUAGUACUACAGCCAUGUAGACUUGUGGGUGUUCCAGUUGAUAUUUCCUACCUAAAAUUCAGAAAUGCCGACAUCCUACAUCCAAACAGAAUGCAGCAUUAAACUGUGCUGUGGCUCUCUAGAAAUCUGAUCUGAGUGAGUCCGUAACUGAAGUGAGUAAUGUCCCGUCUCUCUGUCAUGCUGCCAAAGUCAAGCGCUCAUCACUUCUAUGCCUUUUAGUUUCUCAUUUUACAACUUCUUCUUUGAAGUGAAGGUAACGGGUACAUAUUGAUGGCCCAUGGUGAAGUAGAUAGACUGAUAUUAUAUCAGCCUUAUGGUUUAUGAGGACUGAUUUGCAGUCAGCCUUCUUGCACAAGAAUCAAACUUAAGAGCUGUAAAAAAUGUAUAUUAGCUUUAUUUUGGGGACGUGACGAUGGAGAAGAGUGUGAAAUUAUUUUAUUGCCUAUGUAAUAUAGAAGCAGAGUAUCUUAAGAACCUAAUUAACUGCAAUCCAUACAACAAAAAAAAAACUUACCACAAGGAAUAUUUAUAUCAUAUAUAUAUUUAUAUAUUGUUGCUGUCCAAAGAAAAACAAUCUCCAUUUACGACAUCAUUUGACCAGAGCAGCUGUCCUUUACAUUGUGUCAAAUUUCAUCAUAAAUGGACCAAUGGAAAUGCUCCGAAAUUACUUUGAAAAAAAACCAAGAUGAUGUUUUUCUUCUGUAAAAAAGUUUUUUUUUUUUUUUUUUGGAGAUACUUUUUUUGGACAGUGACUACAUUCACAUUAGCCCUUUGAAAAAAAAGUACAGUUUAGUGUACUCAUUUUUUUUGUUGUUUGUUAGAGUCUAACCAAAUAUAACUUAUUUGAUCAGACUUGGUUGUGGUAUUUCACCCUCUUUUUUUUUUUUUUUUGUUAGCCAUUGCUAUGAGAUUGACCCCAUGCACAACCUUUGCACACCUGGUGUCAUUCAUGUUGUAGGUACAUUUUAAACUUUAAACUUAGUAGUAGAAAUAUCUCCAUUAGGAUUUGUUUUCUUCUUUAUUUAAAUGAUGGAGAAACCAAUUACUUAACUAUGGUUCUGUCAUUUCCUUAACAAGGUGGAAAUAAGGAAUCAACAGUAGUUGUAAUGUGUAGCUACUUAAGCAUUCUCUCUAAUCUCUGAAAUGUGAAUAUACACAAGCAGAUCUAAUUUUAUAAUAAGUAUAAAAAAUAUUGUAAAUUGGACUAUGUAAUAUACAUCUAAUGUAAUGGUAUAAUAAAUCAACUUGAUGCAACA